GUUCGGAGAGAUCAUUCAGCCGGCCCUUUUUGGAUGAGCGACCAAUCAGAUCAUACUAUGUAACCACUUCGGGCAGGAAGAGUGUUUGGGUGAAACAAUAUUUAUAUCAGGCAGUAUAUCUGCAGUUGCUAAUAUGUGCUCUAAGCUUUGUGCUGCUAAGGUUUGUUUAUACACAUCGUUUUCUGAAGAAGAAUCUUUCAUCCAACUAAAUGGCCAAGCUCAUCGUUGUAAUCGGCGUGACUGGCCUCCAGGGCUCGUCCGUAGCAGACACCUUUCUGCGGCUCCCGGGCUGGCGAGUCCGCGGCAUCACGCGCAGCCCGUCGAGCGAAGCCGCCCGCGCCCUAGCGUCGAGAGGCGUCGAGGUCGUGGAGGGCGACUUCAACGACAAGGACUCCCUGCGGCCGGCCUUCCAGGGCGCAAACGUCAUAUUCUCCAACACGGACUUCUUCGCCAACCUCCUGGCCGCCAUGCGGCCCGGCGCCGACCUGCCCGCCGGCCGCACCCCCAACGAGCACGCCUACCACGUCGAAGUGGCGCAGGGCCUCAACAUCGCCGAGGUCGCCGCCUCGCCCGCCGUCCUGCGCACCCUGGACCGCUUCGUGCUGUCCUCGCUCAGCGACGCGCGUGGGUGGAGCCGCGGCCGCUACACCUCGCUGUACCACUACGACUCCAAGGCCGAGAUGAUCAGGGUGAUCCGGGAGAGGCUCCCCGACCUGGCGCGCAGGAUGAGCACCGUCCAGAUCGGCCACUACGUCACCAACUGGAAGGCGUUCCGCACCAUGGCCCCGCAGCGGCAGGCCGACGGCAGCUUCCUGGUCAUCAGGCCGUUCGCGCCGGGGCUCGAGCUGCCGUUUGUGGUGCCGCAUCGCGACACGGGGGCUUUCGUCAAGGCGCUGGUCGACCUACCGGCUGGGAAAGAUCUGCUGGGCGUCUCGCAGACGAUGGCGUGGCCCGAGUGGGUGGAGCUUUGGGGUCGCAUUCUUGGGGUCGAGGCGGGAUUCAAGCAGGUCUCUCGGGAGGAGUUCUUCGCGGGUACUCCGAAGCCGGUUAGGGACGAGUUAUGGGACUCGUAUGAGUACUGUGCGGACUUUGGGUAUACUGGUGGAGAUCCGGAGGUGUUGACUCCUGAUCAACUCGACGUCGAGGUUCCGUUGACUUCCAUGGAAGAAUACAUCCGAAGUGAGGAUUGGUCCUCUCUACUGAGCUCGACCACGGCAUAAUGCCAGCUGGGUUGGGGAAGUUCUGCAUGGCACAGAAUCGGUAUCUCGAGGGCUUAUUGAUGAUUCCCUCAUAAAAAUAAAGCAAUCUGGAUUAACGGGAUGCGAGGGGUUUUAGGUGUGUGAGAAAUCUGAAAUUAGAUCGUAUUCCAUGUAGUGUGGGUAUGGUACUUACAAAAUAUAUCAAAAUAUGAUUUUAUUCUACCACAAAAGGGGGGAGGGGGUCUAUUCUGCACUACGCUACAAAUGAAAUACAGCUUUAGAUGGUAAUCCCAACCAAGAGUUGGGUGCAACAGGUCUAUGCCUGUCAUAAUUGUACAGCACGACCGUCUUGUACUUGCCUAC